GAAGAGCGGGUGGACAAGGGCUAUCAUGUCAUCUGUGUCUCAGAUGACGGUUGCGCCGUCUAUGUUGAUGGCUUGGCCACGGCAAACCCAAAGACAGUUCCCUUGGCCGAAGGCUUGCCUGAGGCUUUGGAGGAGCUGCUGCAGAUCAAGACACACUUAGCCUUUACGCCGCACCAGUCACCGUCCAAGCCGCUCCAGUGGAAGAAGCAGAGCUGGGCGAUCUUCACCGAGUCCGGGGAGCGCUGGCAGCCCGAGGAGGUUGAUGCGAAGAUCUCCGCGUACCGUGGCGUCCUGCUGUUGUUUGAGGGAGGGGCUUGGCGCUGGCCAGGUGUCCGUAUAGGCUUCGAACGAGCUUUGCUUCCACAGGUGGUCCUAAGAACUGUAGCGCUCAAGCCCGCUUUGUUUGAGUUGGUCUUCCAAGGCGAUCCUUCUGAGGGCUGGGUCCCAGAACUUCUGUCAGAUGUUGUCCGUGUGUCGGAGAAUCGGCUCCAGCGCUCGCUGACGGAGGAGGAAGCCUCAGAGGUUCGAACCAGCCAGCAGCAUUGGCUCAGUUACAAUUCAGAUCCCAAACUCAAGCAGCUCAAGAACUUUACUGUUCAAGUCCUGCGGCUACCAGCCUCUUAUUUUGAGAGCAACUUGCAGGUACUACGCUACACCAAAGGUCAGCUCUACGAUGCGCACCGAGAUUACUGGGAUCCUCGGGAGUUCCCAGAUGCGGGGCGCUUUGUUCAUCCAGCCUCAGAGACCUGGAAUAUGCGCCACGCCACACUGCUCUGGUAUUUGCAGGAUGCUGUGAAAGGAGGGGAAACAUGGUUCCCCAGAGCGCGCGGUGGACCCAUACCCUACGGCGAGUGGACUGCCUGCGAUGACCGUGGCGUGAAGAUGUCGGGUCGGAACGGUACCGUGGCAAUCCUGUUCUAUUCCUUACACUCCAGUGGGGAUAUCGACACAUACAGCUGGCAUUGUGGCUGCCCUGUGGGUCAAGGGACAAAGUGGGCCGCAAAUAGCUGGGUCUGGAAUCAGCCACAGAGCCGGCCACCCUAUGCGAAGGCCAGACCCGGUCGCUCUGUAGUGGAAUUCAUCCACGACGAGUUUUGA